AUGACUCCGGGAAUUCCCCUAGACUUCUUAGAUGGUCGUAUGCUUCAGUAUCACUAUGCCUCAGAGAGAACACUCAAAUAUAUUCUAUACGUCAAAGAGCUGAUCCAUUUGUGUCAGAAAUCCAAUACUAUUCCGUGCUCGAAGUUUGUAACCUUACAAAGUGGCAUUAUCUUCAACGUUAACGACAACAUCUACCGAAGGUCAGAGAUCUUGCUAGGUGGCAGAAAGUUUAAUGCCACUCAAUCGAUAGACCCGAUGGCCAGCAUCACGCCCAUCAAUUUUGACUGUCUUGAUAACAACAUUAUAGGGUAUGAUCCUGAAGGUCAACAAAGACAAGGACACCAAAUUACCUUACCCCAAUUGAAGAGUAAUUUGGAUACGCUUAAGUUGUUGGAACUACUUCUUAUCAACACGUUUGAGAUUUAUAAGGCGAAGCUUGAACAGGCAAAAGAAGAGAGAGGUUUAAUCCGGAUUCCUGAGCAGCAAUUGAUAUGGAAAGAGAUAGACGAUAAAUCUGUAUAUAGCUUUCCAGAACUUGAAGCGAUAGAGUCUCUGAAGUAUACAUCACCUCCUUCCUCAUUGCUUAACAGCGUUUCUCAGGAUGCGAUACGAUCUUUUGCACGGAUUAAUGAACUAGGCUUUUUGGCCGCUAUUAUUUCGUUUGUUGGACCAGCAUUGCAAGAUCUUGAGGCAGAACUUGAUCGGUUGAAAGCGAUCAAAACUAGAGCCGAUCUGGUCAGAACACUUCAUUAUUCUUUUCUCAUGCAUCGUUCCAUGACCGUUCUUCUCAGGUUUGCAGAUUUGUAUGCUUUUGUACGUAGAAAUGGCAAGCAGAUCUAUCUGAAUCAUGGUCGCUAUCUUGCCAAUUAUGGACGUCUAGGUAACGAGCCUCUCAAGAUAGCAUUACAACGAUGCGAGCACUUUUUCGUUAAACCCAAGAUGAAUGGGAUGCUUUUGGCCACGAUAUCGAAAUUUACACGACAGGGAAGUAAUUUCCCAUUGAAAUACGAGUAUCUGAUGGAGUUUUAUCAGGUUGGAAGUAGUAUGCUUUCACUAUUACAGAAGAUGAUUACUUGUUUGAAGACUAUCCAAUUACAGUGGACCAGUAUAGUUUCGUCUAAUCGUCAAGGAGAUUUUGAUAGGGAUUUAAUGAGGCAGAAGGUGAAAAAGAAAGUGAUGGAGAGACGACAGGAAAGGGAGCUAAUAAAUGUACAGUCUUUGAAAGUUUCUAGGGAAUCAAAAAAGAUGCAGAAGCAACCAAAUGUACCGACUGGACGCAGUGAUCUUUCGCCAUCAUCUUCAAUAAUUCGUCGAAAUAUAUCGACCACUCGCCCGAGACAGUCUCCAAAACCUUAUUCAGGCGUCACUGCCGUAGCUAAGGCUGCUAUCACAAAGACUCCCCCAACAGCACAGCAGAGAUUACAGAAACACAUAAUGGAGGCAGCGCAGAAUGGAUCCAUCUACGGCAAAAAAUUGCAACCAAGAGGACAUUCUAAGUAUUCUGAAAGUCAAAUGAAGGGAGUGUCGGUGGUACGGAGUCGUUCUGGCAGUGAUUUGAGUCGAAGUUCGACUACAACUAAUAAUUCUGCAGCUUCUGCAGCAUCUAAUGCGUCUACAGUUUCUAACGCAUCGGCAGUAUCCGAUAUACCUGCCAGGGGAAAUCUCACUGUAUGCCAUUCGCACAUUAAGGAAUAUGACGAUAAAGGAAAACUCAGCCGGAAAGUUCGAUUCAAAGACGUUCCGGAAUAUACAAAGGAGGAAGAUGCUCCUACACCCCUUCAAAUGCAGAAACAACUUCGACAAAAAUUCUCGAACUAUAAGCCACAGUUCAUCAACAGAACAAAGUACUUGAACUUACAGGAAGGGAUGGUAUUCAGACAGUUCCGUGGUGGUAACGGUGACGUGGAUCGUUUACUAGGAGGAGAUGAUGAGUUUUCCAUAAAGAAUCUCAAAAUUGGUGGAGAGGGCAGAUUUUCGAAGCUAUUCAAAAGAUAUUGA